CCACACGGCAUGGACGUGCCUCAGCAGGAAAACAAGGAAAAUUGAAAGCAAUCAGCAAGCAAGCAACCAGCAAACACAUAUUUACUGGCACUUUUUGAAGUCACAAACUGGACAACGGUCAACAACAGAAGCUGCAGCAAUAGCAACAGCAACAGCAACACCAAAAGCAGCAACAGCAGCAGCAGAAGUAGCAAAAACAACAACAAGGAAAAAACUCAAACAUCAUCAGCAUUUUUAUCUGUGUUAUUUUUUUUUGUUAUUUCUUUUGAUUGUUGUCGUUAACUUUUGAAGGUUGAAGGCAGUUACAAAGUGAAUGACUUUUGACUUGAGUGAAAGUGUAAAAACCAAAAAACAAAAAACACAAAAAAAAGCAUAGUGUGCAAAUUGAAUGGAAAUGAAAAUGAGAAUGAAAAUAAGAAUGAAUAUUAUACAAUUAUUCAACUAUUUUGUACAAUUUUUUUUUGUAUUUGUAUCAAUUUCUCAAUUUGAUGAUUACGACAUUUCAUGCAUUCCAUCUGCGAAUAUAACAACACUCAACAUUUAACUUUUGAAGGCUGCGGCAUUUGCAAAACCAAAAAAAAAAAACGAAUAGUGAAUGGAAUUAUUUGUUGACGAGUGAACGAGUGUUUAACGAGUGAAUAGUGAAAGCAAUUGAUAAAGUACUUUCGUUUGUCAUUUGAAUGCGUGAGUGUGUUUGUGUGUGUGUGUGUGUGUGUAUCAAACGUGUCUCUGUCCGUUUCUGUGGCUCUUGUUGUGGUGACUGCAUUUGUGCAUUUCGCGCGCUCAAAAGUAGGCAACAUAAAAUUGUUCCUGUUGUUUUUUUUUUGGUUGCUUCCCACAAAAUGUUGCUGUGUGCGUGCUGGGUGCUAAGUGUGUGUCUGUGCAUAUGCAUCUGUGUGGUCGUGUAUGUGUGCACGUGUGCAAGUUCGCAUUAUUCAAUUGCCGAAUGCUGAAGCCUUCUUCAUCUUGCUGCAGAACAACUUGUUGUCUAUGCAAUACAUAUAUAUUUUUUGCAUUGUUUUUUUAUCUGUUGUUGUUUAGCGCAAGCUGAGAACUGAGCCAGUAAACAAAUACACCCACCGAUCCACUGCCAACUAGGGAAAUUGCCCACUGCCAAAAAUAAAUUACUGCAAUUAGACAACACAAUCUAACGAAGAUCAACAACAAUUCAAGAAAAUUAUUUAAAAAAAUAAACAACUAACAACCAACGAGCAGACACAAACACUUCAAUACGACACAUAAUACGGUGAUAAGGCAGCAAAGUGCUUCGCCGCAAACGAUGAUUACAAGAUUAUACAAUACGGAAGAGGAUCCCGCCUAUUGCUCAUUCAUCUGGGGCGGAAAUCUUAGCAGCAACGAUCUCGUUCUCGGCACUCCAGCUAACGCGUCUCAGAUAUUCAGCAAUGAUCUGCGGGACGACAUAUAUACGCAGGACGUGGAGGAUCCGCGCACCGAAUCUCUACGCCAAUACUGCUACGGCCUCAUGCUGCCAAUCAUCUGCUCACUCGGCAUCAUGGGCAAUGUUCUUAAUUUAAUUGUCCUCACCCGUCGAAAUAUGCGGGGGACUGCGUACAUCUACAUGCGAGCGUACUCAACAGCCGCUCUGCUUGCAAUUGUCUUUGCCAUACCCUUUGGCAUACGCAUGCUCGUCCACAAGGAUCGUGGACAGUGGGAGGAAUUCGGACCGGCGUUCUACACGGCACACUUGGAGCUUUUUCUCGGAAAUGGUUGCUUGGGAGUGGGUGUAAUGAUGCUUUUAGUGUUAACUAUCGAGCGCUACGUGUCUGUCUGUCAUCCGGGAUGCACAAGACCUGUGAUAGGACCGCCUGGUUUGGUUGUGUUUCUGACCAGCUUCCUCACAUUCAUCAUCUACUUGCCGAGCAUCUUUCGCGGCGAGCUGAUCAAGUGCAUGCUGGUGCCGAACAAUGUGUUCGUCUAUUUGCGACGCGACAACACCGACUAUCAGCGCACUCUCUUCUAUUCGGUGUACAAGGUGAUGCUCGAGGUCAUAUUCAAGCUGAUACCAACUGUGCUGAUUGCCGGCCUCAAUUUGCGCAUCGUUUUGGUCUAUCGACGCACCUGCGAGCGACGACGUCAGAUGGUUUUGUCCCGCAUCAACUAUGUGAAGGACGAUGAUCCGCGAAAAUUUGCCGAGGAGCGACGAUUAUUCCUGCUGCUCGGGAGCACAUCAAUUUUGUUCUUGGUGUGCGUUUCGCCGAUGGCCAUACUGCAUAUGACCAUAGCGUCGGAGGUGUUGCCGAGUUUUCCGUUUCAGGUGUUUCGGGCGCUCGCCAAUCUGCUGGAGCUAAUCAACUAUUCGAUCACGUUCUAUAUCUAUUGUCUGUUCAGCGAGGACUUUCGCAACACGCUGAUGCGCACCAUCAAAUGGCCGUGGCUGAAGGCCAAGCUCUGUCAUUAUGGGGAUGAGGUGAGUGCUAGUCCGCCAGCAACGGCAACGGCCACGGCUGCUGUUUGUAAUCCACUCUGCCCGCCCAUUCACACAGACUACACAGACCAUCAAGGGUGUUCCAAUGGUGCGAUUCGAUAAGGUGACCAUACGCAAUCAUCAACACCACAUCACCACCACAUCCGGCAUUGGACGGUCCAGCAGCAUCUAGUCCAGGUUAAGUUCCCACGCCUCUCCGCAAGCCCCCCAUUCCCCUCAGUCCCCGCAGUCCCCGCAGUCCCCUCACGUCCAUGCCCAAUUGCACACACCCCAACCCCCAGCCCCAGCAGACCAUUCGCAAUCUCCGUCUGACAUUCUGCCCCAGUGCCACGCCUACAGUCAAAGCUGCUCGCUAGCUAACAAACGCAUCCAAGGCAAACUAAUGGUGCCCACUUACCGAACCUCCUAUCGGCCCACCCGUUAAUUGAUGCUGGACUCUUCCUCAGCUGACAAGAUUCUUGUUCAACAUUAGACAUAGACAAAAAGAGCAAAAUAGCAUCUAUCUAUCUAUCCUUCAUCAUCAUCUACGAUUCCUUUAGAGUGUCUACAUAUACAUAUAUCAGCUAGUACAAUGCAGUACAAAAAAAAAAAAAAAACAGAAGUAUGUGAAAAUAUAUUUAAAUGUUCCAUAAAAGAAACCGAAAAUACAAAAUACAUAAUACGGAAAUAAUUCCAUACAAGUUAUAGGUGUGCAAUUAAUAUAAUAACGGAAUACAUUACAAGGAAAAAACAUACAUACAUACAGUUCAAUGCAAAAUAAAAUCGAUGUUAUGCAAAAUAUCAUAUUCUAAUCAAAUAAAGCCAAAUCAAGAGAUAGAAGUGGAGCAAAAGGCACUUAAAAGAGAGAUGAAGAAAAGAGUUUGCAUUGCAUUUAAGCUGAAAGCGAUCGACAUUCCGCUAAUUUCGAAUUGGAUGAGGACGAAGUGAGUUAAAAGCUACAAAGAAUAAUAUAUGAGCCCCAUACUUUGAGCUGGCAGUGGAAUGAUUAUUGAUGGAUCGAAUGGACAGAUCAAGCGGGAUUCCGUUGAUGAGCUUAUCUGAUCAAGAUUAAGAAUAUAUGUCAAAGAAUUUAAACACAAAAAAAUAUUUAUAUACGUGCAUACAUGAAUAACCACAAAUCAAGAUAUAUUCGAAAAUAUAAUACUAAUAAUAAUAAUAAUAUCCAUGCAAUGUUCUCUGUGUGUAACAAAAUAGCAAACUAUCAAUUUCACGAAACGCUUCAGAGUAUUUCACACUUAUUUCCAGGCACUCACAUACAAUCGUACACAUACACACACAUGCAGACAAUACAUAGACAUACAAUUGAACAUACCUCCAUCCAGGACAGAUGAAAAUACAAAAAAAAAAAACAA